AUGCGGGCGGGCGGGGAAGCGCCGCACCAGGUGCUGGGCCGGCUGCGGUUCCUGCUGCAGUGCAGCGAGUGCUUCCGUCGCGCCCGGGCGCUGCCCGCCGCGCUCUGCUACGUGCCGCGGGAGGUGCAGUACAAGAUCUGCAAGGACCCCGCCGCCGCCGCGGCUGCCGCCGCCGCCCGCAGCCUGCUCAGCGUCUGGGACAGCCCGGGGCCGGCGCGGGGCGGGAAGCGGGCGGCGAGGGCCACCAUCGAGGUGCGGAAGGGCGGCUGCCUCCGCGCCACCGGCGAGGAGUACUGCAACGGCGCCGGGCUCUGGGUGAAGCUCAGCAAGGAGCAGCUGGAGGAGUACAGGAGCGGCUGCGAGCUGGAGGAGGGCUGGGUGCUGGUGUGCAAGCACGCCGACGGCGGGGACCGGCUGGUGCCGGUGGAGUCCACGGAGCGGAUCCAGCGGCAGCAGCAGCUCUUCGGGGUGGACUACAAACCCGUCAUCAGAUGGGAGCAGGUGGUGGAUCUGACGUACUCCCUGCGCCUCGGAGCAAAGCCCAAGCCCAUGGAGCAGGAUGAGGCCGCAGUAGAGAAGCUUCGGUUUGUGCCCCCAACAUGGACUUAUGAAUGCGACGAAGACCUGGUGCAUUUCCUGUAUGAUCACAUUGGGAAGGAGGAUGAGAACUUGGGCAGCGUCAAGCAGUACGUGGACAGCAUCGAUGUCUCGUCCUACACGGAGGACUUCAAUGUGUCAUGCUUGACCGACAGCCACGCCGACACAUACUGGGAGAGUGACGGGUCCCAGGGCCAGCACUGGGUGCGGCUCAACAUGAAGAAAGGCACCAUUGUCAAGAAGCUCCUGCUGACAGUGGAUACCACCGAUGAGAACUUCAUGCCCAAGCGGGUUGCUGUGUACGGGGGUGAGGGGGACAAUCUGAAGAAACUGAAUGAUGUCGGCAUUGAUGAGAGCUACAUUGGGGAUGUGUGCGUCCUUGAGGACAUGACAACACACCUGCCUGUCAUCGAGAUCCGGAUUGUGGAGUGCAGAGAUGAUGGGAUUGAUGUUCGCCUCCGAGGCAUCAAAAUCAAAUCCUCUCGACAGAGGGACUUGGGGCUCAGUGCUGACAUGUUCCAGCUGCCCAAUUUAGUGCGCUACCCUCGCCUAGAAGGGACAGACCCUGACCUGCUGUACCGACGGGCCGUGCUCAUUCAAAGGUUCAUCAAGCUCCUGGACAGUGUCCUGCAUCACUUGGUGCCAGCCUGGGACCAUACUGUUGGCACGUUCAGCAAACUCAAGCAUAUCAAGCAGUUCUUGCUGCUGUCCAAGAGGCGCACAGCUCUCAUUACCCAGUGUCUGAAGGACUCGGAGACCAGCAAGCCCAAUUUCAUGCCGCGGCUCUAUAUUAACCGACGCCUGGCUAUGGAGCACCGAGACAACCCUGCCCUGGACCCCAGCUGCAAGAAUGCUGUCUUCACCCAGGUGUAUGAAGGCCUGAAACCCUCGGACAAGUUUGAAAAGCCUCUAGAUUAUAGGUGGCCAUUGCGUUAUGACCAAUGGUGGGAGUGCAAAUUCAUCGCAGAGGGCAUCAUCGACCAAGGUGGCGGUUUUCGGGACAGCCUGGCGGACAUGUCGGAGGAGCUGUGUCCCAGCUCGGCAGACACCCCCGUGCCUCUGCCCUUCUUUGUGCGCACAUCCAACCAGGGUAAUGGCACUGGAGAAGCCAGGGACAUGUACGUCCCCAACCCCUCCUGUAAAGACUUCCCAAAGUAUGAGUGGAUCGGGCAGAUCAUGGGAGCAGCUCUGAGGGGCAAGGAGUUUCUGGUCCUGGCUCUUCCUGGCUUCGUAUGGAAACAAUUAACAGGGGAGGAGGUCAGCUGGAGCAAAGACUUCCCUGCCGUGGACUCCGUGCUGGUGAAGCUCCUGGAGGUGAUGGAAGUCAUGGACAAAGACACCUUUGAGUUCAAAUUUGGGAAUGAGCUGACCUACACAACGGUGCUGAGUGACCAGCGGAUGGUGGAGCUGAUCCCCAAUGGCAGCAGCACCGUGGUGCGCUACGAGGACCGCAAGGAGUUCAUCCGCCUGGUGCAGAAAGCUCGACUGGAGGAGAGCAAGGAGCAGAUCAUGGCCAUGCAGGCUGGGCUACUGAAGGUGGUGCCCCAAGCUGUUCUUGACCUCCUCACCUGGCAGGAGCUGGAAAAAAAAGUCUGUGGAGACCCUGAAGUCACAGUUGAUGCCCUGAAGAAGCUCACCCGGUUUGAGGACUUCGAGCCAUUGGACACCCGUGUUCAGUACUUCUGGGAAGCACUCAACAACUUCACCAAUGAGGAUCGCAGCCGCUUCCUCAGAUUUGUCACUGGCAGAAGCCGCCUUCCAGCACGGAUCUACAUCUAUCCAGACAAGAUGGGCUCUGAGACGACAGAUGCUUUGCCGGAGUCAUCCACCUGCUCCAGCACCCUCUUCUUGCCCAACUAUGCCACAGCCAAGGUAUGUGAAGAGAAGUUGCGCUAUGCCGCCUAUAACUGCGUGGCCAUUGACACAGAUAUGAGUCCGUGGGAAGAGUGAUGUUGCAGCCUGACCGAGCAGCAUGGACAAUCGUUCGACAAAACCGUGCAGUGGGAAGAGCUCCCUUGUCCCCCCAGGAUGUGUAUAUAUAAUAAACAUACAGGUGUGAAGCCUGGCUCCCAGCAGUGGUAACCAGCACCUCUUUGGACAUGGAGGUUUGGGUCCUCAGCAGGGUGGGAGCUAGCUUGGAGUGUAAAUGUGAUUGCAAAAAUGAAACCCAGGCGCAGCCCUCAUACAUCAGAAAGGUCUGGUAGGCUUUUGUAAUGAGUUUCUUCUCCACGUGUCCUUGUUGCAGCUCUACAACUCUUGCCCCUCCCAGGCUGUCCUCUGCUCUAAACAGAAGUGGGGUAGGGCCACAAAGCUGCACGGCAGGUUACAGCACAGGACAGAGAGCUGUGAGCUGCUGCUGAGACCAUGGGGAUGCUCAGAGAUGCUCAAUGUGUCCUAGCCUGAGUGUCCUGACCACAUUCCCUUGCCUUGUUCCUGCUUUCACCUGAGGUCAAUGGAAAUGAGAUCAUUCAUCUAG